GGCCGGAAGCGGGAGGCUGCAGGGGCGGAGCCACUGGCGUCUCCUUUCCGGCUGGUCCCCAUGGAGGCGCUGGGGAAGCUGAAGCAGUUCGAUGCCUACCCCAAGACUCUAGAGGACUUCCGGGUCAAGACCUGCGGGGGCGCCACGGUGACCAUUGUCAGUGGCCUUCUCAUGCUAUUACUGUUCCUGUCCGAGCUGCAGUAUUACCUCACCACCGAGGUGCAUCCUGAACUCUACGUGGACAAGUCACGGGGAGAUAAACUGAAGAUCAACAUCGAUGUGCUUUUUCCGCACAUGCCUUGUGCCUAUCUGAGCAUCGAUGCCAUGGAUGUGGCUGGGGAACAGCAGCUAGAUGUGGAACACAACCUGUUCAAGCAACGGCUAGAUAAGGAUGGCGUCCCUGUGAGCACAGAGGCGGAGCGUCAUGAGCUUGGGAAAGUCGAGAUGAAGGUGUUUGACCCUAACUCCCUGGACCCUGAUCGCUGUGAGAGCUGCUAUGGUGCUGAGACGGAAGACAUCAAGUGCUGUAACACCUGUGAGGAUGUACGAGAGGCGUAUCGCCGUCGAGGCUGGGCCUUCAAGAACCCAGACACUAUUGAGCAGUGCCGGCGAGAGGGCUUCAGCCAAAAGAUGCAGGAGCAGAAGAAUGAAGGCUGCCAAGUGUAUGGCUUCUUGGAAGUCAACAAGGUGGCCGGAAACUUCCACUUUGCCCCCGGGAAGAGCUUCCAGCAGUCCCACGUGCACGUACAUGCUGUGGAGAUCCAUGACCUGCAGAGCUUCGGCCUUGACAACAUCAACAUGACCCACUACAUCCAGCAUCUGUCAUUUGGGGAGGACUACCCAGGCAUUGUGAACCCCCUGGACCGCACCAACGUCAUUGCACCCCAAGCCUCCAUGAUGUUCCAGUACUUUGUGAAGGUGGUACCCACGGUGUACAUGAAGGUAGAUGGGGAGGUGCUGAGGACAAAUCAGUUCUCAGUGACCAGACAUGAGAAGGUUGCCAAUGGACUGAUGGGCGACCAGGGGCUUCCCGGAGUCUUCGUGCUGUACGAGCUCUCGCCCAUGAUGGUGAAGUUGACAGAGAAGCACAGGUCCUUCACGCACUUCCUGACGGGCGUGUGCGCUAUCAUCGGGGGCAUGUUCACAGUGGCUGGACUCAUCGACUCUCUCAUCUACCACUCGGCUCGAGCCAUCCAGAAGAAAAUUGAUCUAGGAAAGACAACAUAGUUUUUCCUUCCCCACUCUGUCUCCUCUCUCUCCUGUUUCUCUUUGGCCUUGUGUUCAUCUUCUCAGCCUCUUCCCCUACCCCAACCCCACCCUCUAUUGGAAGAGUCAGUCACAGCCCCAGGUUGGUAAAUCUGUUGAUGGUGAUAGUAUUCAUUGGUCCCCUUGUGGUUCUUGGGUCUGGCAGGAGCCUGGGAACAACCCUUCACUCAUCACAGCCACUUGUUGAAGGCAGUGAGGACUGACAGAUCGGAGCCAGAUGCCUCUGGGAGCCCCCCAUGGACAUUCCCUGCUUAAAAUAGGGCUUUAUUCAAACCUGACUGAUGUCCACCCCACAGCCCUGUCGUCAUUCCCUUCUCCACUGUGGUCACCGGGCCUUUUGGGUUCAGCCCCAGGGUUAGAAUGGACAUUUCAAGAAUGAGCUUCCUGGAGCCACUAUGGCCCCCUGGCUGGUGAGUUUCCAACCCCAGUGGUAAUAGGGCCCUGGGUGCAGGCUGGAGCUUACCACUUCUUCAGUGAUGGCUAAAGCUGGUGCCCCUGCCUGCCACCCUGGUCUCAGUCACUUGAUCCCCUCCUGCUCACUAACCUUACUCCAUGCCAAGCCCUUCCUGGCUCCUGGUGCCCAUCAGGGUCCAGCCAGGUCCUUUGAUCCUCUGAGGUGGAAGCAGAACUGAGGAAUGGGAAAGGAAGAUAGUGGUGGGCAUUCUAGAGCAGGGCUAGCUUCAAAUCCCCAGCUCUGGGCCUAGUUAGGGCUUCCCAUUGUAGCCCUUAAGACAUGUAGAGAACCAGCCCCGAGACCUCUCCACCGUACAACCCAGGCAACAAGAGACGUUAAUAGCUGGUCAGUUCAUCCAGUCAUUUUUCAGAGAGUUUCAGUGUAAGACACUAGUUGGGGGAGAACCAACUAGUAGGGUAGAAGCAAAGUAGGGCAGUGACAGUAACACCUCUGGAGGCAGACAGACCUGAGAGCCAGCUCUGAUGUGAUCACUUGUGAGCUGUGACCUUGGACAUGUUAUUUAACCACUCAAUAGGCACCCGUCUCUUCUAUAAAUUGCAGGUGACAUUACCAGCUAUAGUGAGCCUUGUUUUUUUGGUCACUCAGGAACCAUUCCUCCUUGUUAACAGUAUCCUGGAUUUCCUCUGGGAGCCUCCCUGCCCACCCUGUCAGCUUAUGUGAUUUGGAAAGAGGGUUGAUCUCCCACUCUAAGCUGCAGGGGAUGGCCCCAGUCAGCACAUCUCAUUUGCCUGGCCCUGGUGACCCAGAGUGAGCCAGGCUCCACCAGGACUAGGAAAGCUUUCUUUUCUUCUGGAUGUGAGUAUGGGGAGAUGUGGGGUUGCUGCAGCCAUCCUGCACGUUUGAGGGGAGACCCUCUCUGUGAAUGAGCUUCCCGUGAGGACAGCAACGCUGAGCUCAGAGGCAGAGAACCAGUCUUGGUGACAUUGUUUGAACCCUGUGACAAAUGGCACCUGAAGCCAACCAGCCAAACUUACAGUUUUAUAAGCCAAUAAAUUCCCUUUUUGCUUAAGUCA